UGGAUGGCAGCGCCGCGGUACACUUGAGGGGCCACUCCAUGACAGCUGCCGCCCCGGUGCCUGGCGCAGCGCACGCCGGGCCGCAGCAGCCCCACCACGAGCCGGCGCGAGCGCUGGCCGAGGCCGCAGGGCCCGAGGAGGACCCGGAGGUGCGCUUCGCGGCGGCGCUGCAGCAGCUGUCCAGGGCCCACGACGCCGACCUCGCCGCCGCGCGGGCGGAGAACUGCCAGCUGCGCGGCGAGCUCUCCCGCCUCCGGGGCCGCGUCGGCAUGCUGAUGCUGGCGCUGCAGCGCAGCAGCCCCCGGGACGGCGCCGCCGAGGCCCCGCCCCCCGCCCCGGGCGCGCCCAGGCCCACCGCGGCCGCGCGCCCCGCCGCGGCGGCCUACGUCUCCCUGCAGCUGGCCUCGCCCCCGCGGGCGGAGCCGCCGCCCGCCGCCCCGGGCGCGCCCGCGGCGAGGGCGCCCGGCUCGCCCUUGCGGAGGCGCCCGCCCGGCGCGCAGGUGCCCGAGGUGCCGCGGCCGGAGCCCGCGGGCGGCCCGCAGAGCUCCCGCGGCGCCGCCGCGGGCGCCGCCGCGCCGCCCGCGGCCGGCGGCUGCGCCGGCGGCGGCGCCCUCGCUGCCGGAGAGGCCGAGGAGGCGGUGCCCGCCUCGGCGCGCUCGGCGCGCACCCCGCGCAGCGACUCCGUCCGCGGCGAGGGCGAGGAGAAGGGCGGCAGGGCCACAGCCGCCACCGUGUGCGAGCGCUGGGCCACGCUGGUGCGCCGGCCCCUGGACAUGGCCGCGAAGGAGCUGCUGUUCCUCCACCCCGACUGGGUGCAGCCGCCGGAGUUCCUCCGCAAGGUGGAGCGCGCAUGGAACCACGUGCCGGGGGCUACCGACAUCCUGAGCAAUCCAGAGUUCAAUCCGCGGGCGGCGCGCGGGGGCAGUUUCACGGGCCACGGCCGCGCGGGGAUCGGGAUCUUGCGGCGUAGCCUGGCGGCCGAGCGCAGCAUUGCGCCAAGCUCGUUGGCCUGGUUGCCCGGGCAGUCGAGGCGCAAUGGCUUUUCGAGCGUGACUGACGAUGGCGCCAACAUCGUAGCAAGGUUCUUGAGCAGGCUGGUAAUGGACCCGCAGUCGCCGAAGCGGAUCAGCACUGGGAUCAUGGGCUUGAGCCUCAUGAUAUACGACAUCAUCAUGAUGCCAGUCGAAUUCGCCUACAACCUGGAGCAGGGCAGCUUCCUGGUGGCCAUGAGCUGGUUAUCCCAGAUCUUCUGGUCGUUCGACAUUUGCGUGUCGUUCAUCACGGGCUACUAUCAGAACAGCGAGCUGGAGAUGCGGCUUGGGCACGUCAUUGCCAUGUACGUGAAGACCUGGUUCGCCAUCGACGUCGUCGUCACUGCGCCGUUGUGGGUGCUGCUAUGCAUCGAUGAGAACAGCUGCGCGAACUGCGGGGCGGCGAGGGCCUCGAAGGGCAUGAAGACGAUAAGGUUUUUGCGGGUGCUGCGGCUGCUGCGCCUGGUGAAGUUCACGCACUUGCUGAGCGAGUCCCUGAACCUGAUCAACUCUCUGGUUGUGUUGUGCUCGCUGGGCAUCGUGAAGUACAUGGUUGGCCUCGUGAUGAUCAACCACAUAAUAUCGUGCAUGUGGUACGCGAUCGGCAAGCACGCCGCCGCCGCUGAGGGCGAGGUCGGAUGGGUGCAUAGCUUGGAGUUGGACCACCCUGUCACUUCCUGGAGCGAGAGCAAGAAGAUCGCGUACUUGUACUUCACGUCUCUGCACUGGGAUAGUGAGCGAAUAUGCGCAGAGGUGCCGGAGAAGACGCCGGCACCAGACGAAGAGAUCUUCUCCUCUCACGACCACCGGCCCCGCAUGUACAUUGUGGAGAGCGGUUUUCUGGAGUAUUCUGUCAGCAGCGGCGGCGCGAAGGUGAAGGGCCUCUUCUCCCCGCGCGCGUCCGACGUGCUCCGCAAGAUUCCCAGCUCCUCGGGUGGGCAAUUACCCUGCGAGGACGGCGAGACGCUCAGCACGGGAGGCUGGCUCGCCGAGCAGGCGCUCUGGACGAAUUGGUCGCGCGUGGGCAGGCUCGUCGGCAAGAGCGACUCCUGCCUGCUGGUCGUGGAGUGCAGGACCUUCACGGGGAUAGUGAAGUCCAACUCUGCUGCGCAUUGUUCCGCGGUCUACUACGCCAGGCGGUUCGCCGGAGAGCUGAACCGCUUUGGCAAGACGUGCACCGAUCACCUCCCAGCGAGUUUCUUCGACGGGCUGAUGUCCGCCUCGGCCGAGGAGGAAGAGCUGGGCUGCCGCCAUGCUCGUAUCCUGGUCGCGGAAGGCCCCCGCUGA